ACGGGGGGGCUGGAUGGCAGCAGGUGAACAUGAAUAUUUCAGUCACAUCUCCAAUUGCCUUUUGUCCGGCUUGUUUUGGAGUGCCAACUUCACUGAUGCGGUACAGGGAAGAGAGCGAGAAGGCAAUGGUGGACAGGAGUAGAGAAUGAAACAGGCCGCCGACGGUGAAUUCACUAGUGGACUAUUAAAGGGGGAGUGUCAGCCUUGUAUUUGAAGAGGCGCCGGAUUGAGGAGGGCGGGGAUGAGUUCUGACCAGUGACAUGUCUAAACAACCGUAGACACCGACACAUACCACUUUAUCAUUGCUUCUGACAGACUCAAUGGGAAAUAUCUGGAUUUGUUUUGCUGCAGUAGGAAGAACUGCAAAUGAAUUAUUAUUCUGAAGUCCAAAGGAGAAAAGCUACACAGGAAAUCACCCGUGGAGGGAAUCUUUUGAAUGCAUGGGGACGGUCAAGGCUGAAGUCGCUACUGUUCUCAGUUGGACACAAGGCAUUGUCUGCUGAAAGGAUUAAUAGGGAGAGGAAGUGUGUAAGGAAUGUCUCGGCGUGUGCAGACCCAGGACGGCCAGGCCGAGGGAAUUGGCUCCAUGAAGUCACGCAAUCGGUUGCCUAUGAUUGGAUCAUCGGGAAGUAAGACAGGAGCCAAGGCUCCUCUGGCCAAGCACCAGCUCCCCUGUCAGUCUGGAUGGAGGAAGUGCCCCCACCCGGCCCAGACCUCCGACAACACCAUGACCCCGUGGAGUGGGCUGUCCCUGUCCGAAUCCUCCUUCACCAGCAUGCCUCCGCCCGCACCCGCCCCUGUCCCUGCACCCCUGUCCACCCACCUCCUCUGUCACCGGGCGGGGGGUGUCACCCCCCGGCAACCCGUCCCGUCGCCCCCCGUCACUGCGCCUGCAGAGGGGGGCAGGGCUGCCAGGGUGAGGCGCAGGGUACUCCCCCAGAGCAGGUUUCCACGUGCCCCGCGCUUGCCCCCCCUCAGGCCUGUCACUAACCUCAGCUUCUCUCGCAGCUUCACGUUCUCCUUCUUUGAGCUGCCGCUGCACCACUCCCCCCGCAGCCGUGCCGAACGGAUCCGAGACCUCGUGCUGCUGCUGAAACAGAUCCAGUACUGAUGGAUCGCGACACGGCCAGGGAAACCCAGUAAUGAUCGUAGCCCAGAGGUCAAUGUUCGUCUUAGUUCAGUGAUGCUGCUUUGACACACAUUUAUUCUCACUUUGAGCCCAUGGAUUAGAGUAUGGAAUGGCAUUAGUGUUCGUGUUGUGUGAUUUGUUUAGAAUGUGAUUUGUCCUUUUUUGGGCUGCCUGAAUCUGGAGCUUUGAAUUGUAAUGUGUGUAGAUAAAUGUUUAGUGAAGUAAUCUGUCAGAUGAGCACAUUUAAUAAUUUCAUUUGAAAUGGCACUAAAUGAAACCAUUUAUUUAGAAGGAAAAUAAAUUCAAACCAAAUCAACAGAGAUGAAACAUCGCAUUCUGAGUUUAGGAAGAUGCUUUACUGAACAUAGUCUUGGUAACGAUACAACUACAUGAUGAAGUAUAGAAUAAAAUAUUUAUUUGCUGUUUAAGUAUUAAGUAUUUAAGUUCUCCAUCCUGUAAAUUAAGCCCAAUUCAAAUAUUCAUAACUCAUUUCGUUUUUUAAUUGGAAUGCAAGUGAAAUUCAAAACUUAAUUCAGAAUUCACCCCAACCCUGAUAACAAAUGUUGUUUUAUGUGUCACGUUUACAAUGUAAUGUUGGCAACAUUUCUCUCUUUAGACUGUUUUUAUUUUAAAUUUUUUUGUCUCUGAAUUACUUGGCAGAAUUUUUAUAUCACUUUUACAAAUGACUAGUGUAAGCCUGCUUUGAGGACAGGGAUGAUUAACCCAAACAGCUGGAUCCGUUAUCAGUUCACCAAAAGAAUCAACCCAACCCUGAAAUAUAGUCGCCUGUGCUCACUAACUACUAGAGAUACAAGAGCUACCAGCACAGACCUUUCACACUCAUACACACACACAUACACACACACCUAUAAUCUACCAGACAGACAGAAGGACAUGGACGUCUGUACUGAGUGUCUGGGGAUAUCAGUGGACAGUGAGUCUACUAGUCGGAAGCUUUGAUGUUUCUAAUGUCUAUUUGGACUUGGUCCUUAGGAUGGGGUUCAACUAGUGAUGGCCAUACGAGGCUUCAUUACCAUUCUUCUAGCAGCAGGAUAUUAUGCUAG